AUGGCCCGUUUCUCUUUCUUGGUCGCCUCGGUCGCGCUCCUCUCGAGCAUGAUCUCGGCUGCCCCGGUGGCUAUUGUGCGACGACAGGUCAACUUCCCUGAACUUCCUUACGCCCAGUUCCAGAUCUCGACGACACCCGGCGGUACUGCAGCUGCCGAGGCUGCAGCCAUCUUCUUCACCCCCUUCAAUGGAGUUAACCUCGCUACCCUGGACGACUCGGUGGAGAAGAACAUCGCAGCGAUGCGCUCCGCCGCUGAGGCCGCGGAGACAGAUCUCUUCAACCCUGCGAUCGACAACGCUGCGUCGGAAGCUGAGGCCGAUGCUCUGGAUGUUGGAAAGACGAAGAACAAAGUACUGAAGCACACUGCAUUCUUGCAGUUGUUCAGGAUUCGGUUAGCGAAGGCUCAGGCGGCAGGCGAAAGCACUGCCGAGAUCGAAGCUGACAUUACUGACCGAGAGGCGAAGCUCAAGAAGAAUAGCGAUGCGGAUGUCGCGAACGCUGGCAAGGCCUCCCUGGAUGUUGUUGGCGGCGCUGCUCAACCUGGCAACACGGGAAACACCAACCAGACAAACGACACUGACGACACUGACGCCGGCAACACUGGCACUUCUACCACCGGCAACACUGGCAACACCGGCUCUCAAAACACUGGCAACACCGGUGGUGCGAGCAGCGCCAACUUCCAGUUCCCUGAGCUCCCCUACGCUCAGUUCCAGAUUUCGUCGACCCCUGGAGGCACCGCCGCUGAGGAGGCUGCUCGUAUCUUCCUGACCCCUUUCCAGGGCCUCGAUCUCGCUACCCUCGAUGACUCCGUUGAGGCCAACCUCGCUGCCAUGCGUGAGGCCGCCGAAGCCGCCGAGCUCGACCUCUUCAACCCUGCCAUCGACGCGGCUUCUGGUGCCGAGAAGGAUGCGCUUGAAGUCGGCAAGACUAAGAACAAAGUCCUCAAGCACACCAUCUUCCUGCAGAUCUUCAACAUCCGCCUCGCCAAGGCCCAGGCUGCUGAUGAGGACACCGCUGACAUCGAUGCCAGGAUCGUCGACAGGCAGAACAAGCUUGCCACGAACACCCGUCUCGACCAGGCCAAUGCUGGGGAGACUUCCCAGGCUGUUGCGUAA